GACUAAAACCAGUAAUUUGAAUUUUAAGGGAAUGAAAACCGAUGAAACAAUUUUACAGGGACUAUAAAAGUGGCAACCUCGUAUAUUACUCACUCGAAAAACCUCGUAGUUCUUCCAACACAAAAAACAUGUCUGCCGCGAAUCAUCUACGUCGAAUCUUCAACGCGAAGCCCUCCAUCAACGCCGCGACCUCCACCGUGUUCCGCCGCGGCAGUUACGAGACACCGGAAGGCCUCCGAAGCGUCGUCGACAACUUCAAGGACCUAUGCGAAUGCAAGCAGUUUCGCCGCACGGCGAACAUGUACAGCGCCACCGUGCGUCGCCUCGUGAAGGCGCAGGCCUUCCCCAUGAUCGAAGAGAUCCUCGAGCACCAGAAGAAGUACGAUGACAUCUCCUCCGAAGGCUUCGUCAUUCGCCUCAUCUCCCUCUACGGCAAGGCCCGCAUGUUCGAUCAUGCACGCGCACUGUUCGACGAAAUGCCUUCCUUCAAUACUCCCCGUUCCGCGAAGUCCCUCACCGCGCUUCUCAACGCUGCCAUCACCGCCAAGAGAUACGACACCGUUCCGGAGCUUUUCCGCAAGCUGCAUUCUCAGCAGUCCAUUAAGGUUGAUACGCCGGUGUACAAUGUCGUCGUUAAUGCAUAUUGUAAGAUGGGUUCUACCGAUUCGGCUCUUUCGAUGCUUCGCGAAAUGGAGGAGUUGGGCCUGGAGCCGAAUUUGUUCACUUUCAACACACUACUCCACGGGUUUUAUCAGCAGCACGGGUUUGCGGAGGGUGAAAAAAUUUGGUCCAUGAUGCAGGCGCGGGGCAAUGUUAGUCCCGAUGUGGUGAGCUAUAUGUUGAAGAUGAAGGCUGUGAUUGGUGAUGGCGGAGUAACGGAAGCGGUUAAGGUAGUUGAUGAGAUGAGAGGCAAUGGGGUUGAGCCAGAUGUGCGUUUUUUCAGUUUGUUGAUUGAGAGUUUCUGUCGGGAUGGGAAAGUGGAAGAGGCUAAGUACUGGUAUCAUGAAAUGGUGAGAUGCGGAUGCGUCGCGGGUCCUGCAACUUAUGGCGCUCUUGUUCCCUUUCUUUGUAAGAAGGGUGAUUUUGACUUGGCUUUCAAGCUCUGCAAAGAUGCAAUUGGUGGUAGGAGUUUGCUUAUUGGUGAAGGAGCGUUGAAGCGAGUGGUGGAGGCAUUGGUUGCUGAGGGUAGGGUUGGAGAAGCUGAGAAACUUGUGGGUCUUGCAAGGAAGAAGAAUUUGAAAAUAGAUUUAACUACCCCCUAACCAUGAGGUAGAACAGGACUAGUAUGAAGUAUCCUCCCUUUUUUGUAAUUGUUGCUUUGAGAUCACUGAUUGUGACAAAAUUUAAGGUUGUUUCCUUCUUAUGCAGAUAAUUAAGUGGGUUUGGAUAUCAAUUAAGUGUUAUAUGAUCGGGUUUUUAUCCCAAUAAGAGUUCUACUCACUUUUUAUUUUGAACUGUGUGUGCGCUAACUUGAUAUCCAUACAUUACUUAAUGUGUUAAUGUAUGUAAGUUAAACCUUCUAGUAGUAGCCUUUGAAUUUCAUAAUCUUUGAUGUCUUUUCCUUAGCCUAAAUUUCAUUGCAACCAUAUAUUUUUGUUGGUUUGUGAA